GUCUGUGUCGAGGCGUCGGGAGGGCCUAGGUCCGUGCGCGGCGCCCUUCGGCCGGCCUGAGCCCCAGAGUCAGCUCCCCUUGCUCGCCCAGCGCCCCCAGGCCGUUCCCGGGGCUCACGGAAUAGUACAGAAACAGAUAUCAGAAAACAUCUCCCAGGACAGAAAGGAGAGCACAGACCCUGUUUGGAUCAAGUCAGGUCCCUGAGCCUGAAUGAUGACUGCUGAGUCAAGGGAAGCCACCGGUCUGUCCCCCCACGCUGCCCAGGAGAAGGACGGCAUCGUGAUAGUGAAGGUCGAAGAGGAAGAUGAGGAAGAGCACAUGUGGGGGCAGGACGCCAGUCUGCAGGAGUCUCCUCCUCCCGACCCAGAGAUCUUCCGCCAGCGGUUCAGGCACUUCUGUUACCAGAACACUUUUGGGCCUCGAGAGGCCCUGAGUCGACUGAAGGAACUUUGUCACCAGUGGCUGCGACCAGAGAUAAACACCAAGGAGCAGAUCGUGGAGCUGCUGGUGCUGGAGCAGUUCCUUUCCAUUCUGCCCAAGGAGCUCCAGGUCUGGCUGCAGGAAUACCGUCCCGAUAGUGGGGAGGAGGCUGUGACCCUUCUGGAAGAUCUGGAGCUGGAUUUAUCAGGACAGCAGGUCCCAGGUCAAGUUCAUGGACCUGAGAUGCUCGCAAGGGGGAUGGUGCCUCUGGAUCCAGUACAGGAGUCCUCGAGCUUUGACCUUCCUCAUGAGGCCACCCAGUCCCAUUUCAAGCAUUCAUCUCGGAAACCCCGCCUCUUACAACCACGGGCUCUCCCUGCCACCCACGUUCCUGCCCCUCAUCACGAGGGGGGUCCCAGAGACCAGGCGAUGGCAUCUGCACUGUUCUCGGCAGAUUCCCAGGCAAUGGUGAAGAUCGAGGACAUGGCCGUGUCCCUCAUCCUGGAGGAAUGGGGAUGUCAGAACCUGGCUCGGAGGAAUCUGAAUAGGGACACCAGGCAGGAGAAUUAUGGGAACGUGAUUUCCCAGGGUUGUGAAAACAGGAAUGAGAAUGAGGAGUCCACCUCAAAGGCUGAAAUUGCAGAAGACUCAGCAUCACAUGGGGAGACCACAGGAAAAUUCCAGAAAGAUUUUGGAGAAAAACGUGAACAGCAGGGCAGAGUAGUAGAAAGGCAGCAGAGAAACCCUGAGGAGAAAACUGGAAAAGAAAAGAGAGAUCCGGGGCCAGCUACAGUCAAGGAAAAAAAAAACCCCAGCACAGGAGAGCGAGGUCCAAGGGAAAAGGGUAAAGGACUGGGGAGAAGCUUCAGUCUGAGCUCAAACUUCAACACCCCUGAAGAAGUUCCAACAGGAGCGAAGUCCCACAGAUGUGAUGAAUGUGGUAAAUGCUUCACAAGGAGUUCAAGCCUUAUUCGCCAUAAGAUAAUCCACACCGGAGAAAAGCCCUAUGAAUGUAGUGAGUGUGGGAAAGCCUUCAGUCUUAACUCAAACCUUGUCCUGCAUCAGCGAAUCCACACAGGAGAGAAGCCUCAUGAAUGUAAUGAGUGUGGCAAAGCCUUCAGUCACAGUUCAAAUCUCAUUCUGCAUCAGCGGAUCCACUCUGGGGAGAAACCCUACGAAUGUAACGAGUGUGGGAAGGCCUUCAGCCAGAGCUCAGACCUCACUAAGCAUCAGAGAAUCCACACGGGGGAAAAGCCCUAUGAAUGUAGUGAAUGUGGAAAGGCUUUCAACCGAAACUCAUACCUUAUUUUGCAUCGGAGAAUUCACACCCGAGAAAAGCCCUAUAAGUGCACGAAGUGCGGCAAGGCCUUCACCCGGAGCUCGACCCUCACUCUGCAUCACAGAAUCCACACCAGAGAGCGAGCCUCCGAACGUUACAUAUGCGCUGAGUGUGGGAAAGCCUUUAGUAAUAGCUCAAAUCUCACUAAACACCGGAGAACACACACUGGGGAGAAACCGUAUGUGUGCACCAAAUGUGGGAAAGCUUUCAGCCACAGCUCCAACCUGACCCUUCACUACAGAACACACUUGGUGGACCGGCCCUAUGACUGUAAGUGUGGAAAAGCCUUCGGUCAGAGCUCGGACCUCCUUAAACAUCAGCGAAUGCACACUGAAGAGGCUCCUUACCAGUGUAAAGAUUGCGGCAAAGCCUUCAGCGGGAAAGGCAGCCUCAUUCGACACUAUCGAAUACACACCGGGGAGAAGCCGUAUCAGUGUAACGAGUGUGGGAAGAGCUUUAGUCAGCACGCAGGUCUUAGUUCUCACCAGAGACUCCACACUGGAGAGAAGCCGUAUAAAUGUAAGGAGUGUGGGAAAGCCUUCAACCACAGCUCCAAUUUUAAUAAACACCAUAGAAUCCAUACUGGGGAAAAGCCCUAUUGGUGUAAUAAUUGUGGGAAAACCUUCUGUAGUAAGUCCAAUCUUUCCAAACAUCAGAGAGUCCACACUGCAGAGGGAGAAGGGCCUUAACUGUCAGGUAUGCUCUCUUGAUGGUUUUUGUUUUUUUAACUUUAGAACGUGAAUGCUAGGGAGAAAGCCCAGUAGUUGCAAUGUGAACUCUGGGGUAGAUUUCGUUUCACUCGACGUCGAGGGGACAGAUUGAGAGCGCAGGUGGGGGGACACGGCGGGUUCCUCACCUGCCCGCUGGCUGCAGCAGGGUCCCCUCACCGCACUUCGAGUCCCAUAAACCAUGUGGACAUUGCCUUCUGUAUAGUUAAAUUGCUGUGUAUCCGGUAUAAUUAAGGAGGAAACAUUAAAACUGUUUAACUGUUUUAACGUAUAUUCAAGAAUUAUGAUUUGUAAAGAAAUGAGCCAUGUUGAACACAGUUUAAUCCGAUUCAGAAUAAACUUACAACAUCUUG